AUGUUUCACUACCUGAGCAUCUCUCUGUUACACCACCUGAGCAUCUCUCUGUUUCACUACCAAAGCAUCUCUCUGUUUCACUACCUGAGCAUCUCUCUGUUUCACUACCUGAUCAUCUCUCUGUUUCACUACCUGAGCAUCUCACUAUUUCACCACCUGAGCAUCUCUCUGUUUCACUACCUGAGCAUCUCUCUGUUUCACUACGUGAGCAUCUCUCUGUUUCACUACCUGAGCAUCUCUCUGUUUUACUACCUGAGCAUCUCUCUGUUUCACAACCGGAGCAUCUCUCUCUUUCACUACCUGAGCAUCUCUCUCUUUCACUACCUGAGCAUCUCUCUGUUUCACUACCUGAGCAUCUCUCUGUUUCACUACCUGAGCAUCUCUCUCUUUCACUACCUGAGCAUCUCUCUGUUUCACUACCUGAGCAUCUCUCUGUUUCACUACCUGAGCAUCUCUCUCUUUCACUACCUGAGCAUCUCUCUGUUUCACUACCUGAGCAUCUCUCUGUUUCACUACCUGAGCAUCUCUCUGUUUCACUACCUGAGCAUCUCUCUGUUUCACUACCUGAGCAUCUCUCUGUUUCACUACCUGAGCAUCUCUCUGUUUCACAACCGGAGCAUCCCUCUGUUUCACUACCUGAGCAUCUCUCUCUUUCACUACCUGAGCAUCUCUCUGUCUCACUACCUGAGCAUCUCUCUGUUUCACUACCUGAGCAUCUCUCUGUUUCACUACCUGAGCAUCUCUCUCUUUCACUACCUGAGCAUCUCUCUGUUUCACUACCUGAGCAUCUCUCUGUUUCACUACCUGAGCAUCUCUCUGUUUUACUACCUGAGCAUCUCUCUGUUUCACUACCUGAGCAUCUCUCUGUUUCACAACCGGAGCAUCCCUCUGUUUCACUACCUGAGCAUCUCUCUCUUUCACUACCUGAGCAUCUCUCUGUCUCACUACCUGAGCAUCUCUCUGUUUCACUACCUGAGCAUCUCUCUCUUUCACUACCUGAGCAUCUCUCAGUUUCACUACCUGAGCAUCUCUCUGUUUCACAACCGGAGCAUCUCUCUGUUUCACUACCUGAGCAUCUCUCUGUUUCACUACCUGAGCAUAUCUCUGUUUCACAACCGGAGCAUCUCUCUGUUUCACUACCUGAGCAUCUCUCUCUUUCACUACCUGAGCAUCUCUCUGUUUCACUACCUGAGCAUCUCUCUGUUUCACUACCUGAGCAUCUCCCUGUUUCACUACCUGAGCAUCUCUCUCUUUCACUACCUGAGCAUCUCUCUCUUUCACUACCUGAGCAUCUCUCUCUUUCACUACCUGAGCAUCUCUCUCUUUCACUACCUGAGCAUCUCUCUCUUUCACUACCUGAGCAUCUCUCUGUUUCACUACCUGAGCAUCUCUCUGUUUCACUACCUGAGCAUCUCUCUGUUUCACUACCCGAGCAUCUCUCUGUUUCACUACCUGAGCAUCUCUCUGUUUCACUACCUGAGCAUCUCUCUGUUUCACUACCUGAGCAUCUCUCUGUUUCACUACCUGAGCAUCUCUCUGUUUCACUACCUGAGCAUCUCUCUGUUUCACUACCUGAGCAUCUCUCUGUUUCACUACCUGAGCAUCUCUCUCUUUCACUACCUGAGCAUCUCUCUCUUUCACUACCUGAGCAUCUCUCUGUUUCACUACCUGAGCAUCUCUCUGUGCCACUACCUGAGAAUCUCUCUGUUUCACUACCUGAGCAUCUCUCUGUUUCACUACCUGAGCAUCUCUCUGUUUCACUACCUGAGCAUCUCUCUGUUUCACUACCUGAGCAUCUCUCUGUUUCACUACCUGAGCAUCUCUCUGUUUCACUACCUGAGCAUCUCUCCGUUUCACUACCUGAGCAUCUCUCUGUUUCACUACCUGAGCAUCUCUCUGUUUCACUACCUGGGCAUCUCUCUCUUUCACUACCUGAGCAUCUCUCUGUUUCACUACCUGAGCAUCUCUCUGUUUCACUACCUGAGCAUCUCUCUGUUUCACAACUGGAGCAUCUCUCUGUUUCACAACUGGAGCAUCUCUCUGUUUCACUACCUGAGCAUCUCUCUGUUUCACUACCUGAGCAUCUCUCUGUUUCACUACCUGAGCAUCUCUCUGUUUCACUACCUGAGCAUCUCUCUGUUUCACUACCUGAGCAUCUCUCUGUUUCACUACCUGAGCAUCUCUCUGUUUCACUACCUGAGCAUCUCUCUGUUUCACUACCUGAGCAUCUCUCUGUUUCACUACCUGAGCAUCUCUCUGUUUCACUACCUGAGCAUCUCUCUGUUUCACUACCUGAGCAUCUCUCUGUUUCACUACCGGAGCAUCUCUCUCUUUCACUACCUGAGCAUCUCUCUCUUUCACUACCUGAGCAUCUCUCUGUUUCACUACCUGAGCAUCUCUCUGUUUCACUACCUGAGCAUCUCUCUCUUUCACUACCUGAGCAUCUCUCUGUUUCACUACCUGAGCAUCUCUCUCUUUCACUACCUGAGCAUCUCUCUCUUUCACUACCUGAGCAUCUCUCUGUUUCACUACCUGAGCAUCUCUCUCUUUCACUACCUGAGCAUCUCUCUCUUUCACUACCUGAGCAUCUCUCUGUUUCACUACCUGAGCAUCUCUCUGUUUCACUACCUGAGCAUCUCUCUGUUUCACUACCUGAGCAUCUCUCUGUUUCACUACCUGAGCAUCUCUCUGUUUCACUACCUGAGCAUCUCUCUGUUUCACUACCUGAGCAUCUCUCUCUUUCACUACCUGAGCAUCUCUCUGUUUCACUACCUGAGCAUCUCUCUGUUUCACUACCUGAGCAUCUCUCUGUUUCACCACCUGAGCAUCUCUCUGUUUCACCACCUGAGCAUCUCUCUGUUUCACUACCUGAGCAUCUCUCUGUUUCACUACCAGAGCAUCUCUCUGUUUCACUACCUGAGCAUCUCUCUGUUUCACUACCUGAGCAUCUCUCUGUUUCACCACCUGAGCAUCUCUCUGUUUCACUACCUGAGCAUCUCUCUGUUUCACUACGUGAGCAUCUCUCUGUUUCACUACCUGAGCAUCUCUCUGUUUCACAACCGGAGCAUCUCUCUGUUUCACUACCUGAGCAUCUCUCUCUUUCACUACCUGAGCAUCUCUCUGUCUCACUACCUGAGCAUCUCUCUGUUUCACUACCUGAGCAUAUCUCUCUUUCACUACCUGAGCAUCUCUCUGUUUCACUACCUGAGCAUCUCUCUCUUUCACUACCUGAGCAUCUCUCUCUUUCACUACCUGAGCAUCUCUCUGUUUCACUACCUGAGCAUCUCUCUCUUUCACUACCUGAGCAUCUCUCUCUUUCACUACCUGAGCAUCUCUCUGUUUCACUACCUGAGCAUCUCUCUGUUUCACUACCUGAGCAUAUCUCUGUUUCACAACCGGAGCAUCUCUCUGUUUCACUACCUGAGCAUCUCUCUCUUUCACUACCUGAGCAUCUCUCUGUUUCACUACCUGAGCAUCUCUCUGUUUCACUACCUGAGCAUCUCUCUCUUUCACUACCUGAGCAUCUCUCUCUUUCACUACCUGAGCAUCUCUCUGUUUCACUACCUGAGCAUCUCUCUGUUUCACUACCUGAGCAUCUCUCUGUUUCACUACCUGAGCAUCUCUCUCUUUCACUACCUGAGCAUCUCUCUGUUUCACUACCUGAGCAUCUCUCUCUUUCACUACCUGAGCAUCUCUCUGUUUCACUACCUGAGCAUCUCUCUCUUUCACUACCUGAGCAUCUCUCUCUUUCACUACCUGAGCAUCUCUCUGUUUCACUACCUGAGCAUCUCUCUCUUUCACUACCUGAGCAUCUCUCUCUUUCACUACCUGAGCAUCUCUCUGUUUCACUACCUGAGCAUCUCUCUCAUCUCUCUGUUUCACUACCUGAGCAUCUCUCUGUUUCACUACCUGAGCAUCUCUCUGUUUCACUACCUGAGCAUCUCUCUCUUUCACUACCUGAGCAUCUCUCCGUUUCACUACCUGAGCAUCUCUCUGUUUCACUACCUGAGCAUCUCUCUGUUUCACUACCUGGGCAUCUCUCUCUUUCACUACCUGAGCAUCUCUCUGUUUCACUACCUGAGCAUCUCUCUGUUUCACUACCUGAGCAUCUCUCUGUUUCACAACUGGAGCAUCUCUCUCUUUCACUACCUGAGCAUCUCUCUCUUUCACUACCUGAGCAUCUCUCUGUUUCACUACCUGAGCAUCUCUCUGUUUCACUACCUGAGCAUCUCUCUCUUUCACUACCUGAGCAUCUCCCUGUUUCACUACCUGAGCAUCUCUCUGUUUCACUACCUGAGCAUCUCUCUGUUUCACUACCUGAGCAUCUCUCUGUUUCACUACCUGAGCAUCUCUCUGUUUCACUACCUGAGCAUCUCUCUGUUUCACUACCUGAGCAUCUCUCCGUUUCACUACCUGAGGAUCUCUCUGUUUCACUAUCUGAGCAUCUCUCUGUUUCACUACCUGAGCAUCUCUCUGUUUCACUACCUGAGCAUCUCUCUGUUUCACUACCUGAGCAUCUCUCUGUUUCACUACCUGAGCAUCUCUCCGUUUCACUACCUGAGCAUCUCUCUGUUUCACUACCUGAGCAUCUCUCUCUUUCACUACCUGAGCAUCUCUCUCUUUCACUACCUGAGCAUCUCUCUGUUUCACUACCUGAGCAUCUCUCCGUUUCACUACCUGAGGAUCUCUCUGUUUCACUAUCUGAGCAUCUCUCUGUUUCACUACCUGAGCAUCUCUCUGUUUCACUACCUGAGCAUCUCUCUGUUUCACUACCUGAGCAUCUCUCUGUUUCACUACCUGAGCAUCUCUCCGUUUCACUACCUGAGCAUCUCUCUGUUUCACUACCUGAGCAUCUCUCUCUUUCACUACCUGAGCAUCUCUCUCUUUCACUACCUGAGCAUCUCUCUGUUUCAUUACCUGAGCAUCUCUCUGAUUCACUACCGGAGCAUCUCUCUGUUUCACUACCUGAGCAUCUCUAUGUUUCACUACCUGAGCAUCUCUCUGUUACACCACCUGAGCAUCUCUCUGUUUCACUACCAAAGCAUCUCUCUGUUUCACUACCUGAGCAUCUCUCUGUUUCACUACCUGAUAAUCUCUCUGUUUCACUACCUGAGCAUCUCACUGUUUCACCACCUGAGCAUCUCUCUGUUUCACUACCUGAGCAUCUCUCUGUUUCACUACGUGAGCAUCUCUCUGUUUCACUACCUGAGCAUCUCUCUGUUUUACUACCUGAGCAUCUCUCUGUUUCACAACCGGAGCAUCUCUCUCUUUCACUACCUGAGCAUCUCUCUCUUUCACUACCUGAGCAUCUCUCUGUUUCACUACCUGAGCAUCUCUCUGUUUCACUACCUGAGCAUCUCUCUCUUUCACUACCUGAGCAUCUCUCUGUUUCACUACCUGAGCAUCUCUCUCUUUCACUACCUGAGCAUCUCUCUGUUUCACUACCUGAGCAUCUCUCUGUUUCACUACCUGAGCAUCUCUCUGUUUCACUACCUGAGCAUCUCUCUGUUUCACUACCUGAGCAUCUCUCUGUUUCACUACCUGAGCAUCUCUCUGUUUCACAACCGGAGCAUCCCUCUGUUUCACUACCUGAGCAUCUCUCUCUUUCACUACCUGAGCAUCUCUCUGUCUCACUACCUGAGCAUCUCUCUGUUUCACUACCUGAGCAUCUCUCUCUUUCACUACCUGAGCAUCUCUCAGUUUCACUACCUGAGCAUCUCUCUGUUUCACAACCGGAGCAUCUCUCUGUUUCACUACCUGAGCAUCUCUCUGUUUCACUACCUGAGCAUAUCUCUGUUUCACAACCGGAGCAUCUCUCUGUUUCACUACCUGAGCAUCUCUCUCUUUCACUACCUGAGCAUCUCUCUGUUUCACUACCUGAGCAUCUCUCUGUUUCACUACCUGAGCAUCUCUCUGUUUCACUACCUGAGCAUCUCUCUCUUUCACUACCUGAGCAUCUCUCUCUUUCACUACCUGAGCAUCUCUCUCUUUCACUACCUGAGCAUCUCUCUCUUUCACUACCUGAGCAUCUCUCUCUUUCACUACCUGAGCAUCUCUCUCUUUCACUACCUGAGCAUCUCUCUCUUUCACUACCUGAGCAUCUCUCUGUUUCACUACCUGAGCAUCUCUCUGUUUCACUACCUGAGCAUCUCUCUGUUUCACUACCCGAGCAUCUCUCUGUUUCACUACCUGAGCAUCUCUCUGUUUCACUACCUGAGCAUCUCUCUGUUUCACUACCUGAGCAUCUCUCUGUUUCACUACCUGAGCAUCUCUCUGUUUCACUACCUGAGCAUCUCUCUGUUUCACUACCUGAGCAUCUCUCUGUUUCACUACCUGAGCAUCUCUCUCUUUCACUACCUGAGCAUCUCUCUGUUUCACUACCUGAGCAUCUCUCUGUUUCACUACCUGAGCAUCUCUCUGUGCCACUACCUGAGAAUCUCUCUGUUUCACUACCUGAGCAUCUCUCUGUUUCACUACCUGAGCAUCUCUCUCUUUCACUACCUGAGCAUCUCUCUCUUUCACUACCUGAGCAUCUCUCUGUUUCACUACCUGAGCAUCUCUCUGUUUCACUACCUGAGCAUCUCUCCGUUUCACUACCUGAGCAUCUCUCUGUUUCACUACCUGAGCAUCUCUCUGUUUCACUACCUGGGCAUCUCUCUCUUUCACUACCUGAGCAUCUCUCUGUUUCACUACCUGAGCAUCUCUCUGUUUCACUACCUGAGCAUCUCUCUGUUUCACAACUGGAGCAUCUCUCUGUUUCACAACUGGAGCAUCUCUCUGUUUCACUACCUGAGCAUCUCUCUGUUUCACUACCUGAGCAUCUCUCUGUUUCACUACCUGAGCAUCUCUCUGUUUCACUACCUGAGCAUCUCUCUCUUUCACUACCUGAGCAUCUCUCUGUUUCACUACCUGAGCAUCUCUCUGUUUCACUACCUGAGCAUCUCUCUGUUUCACUACCUGAGCAUCUCUCUGUUUCACUACCUGAGCAUCUCUCUGUUUCACUACCUGAGCAUCUCUCUGUUUCACUACCUGAGAAUCUCUCUGUUUCACUACCGGAGCAUCUCUCUCUUUCACUACCUGAGCAUCUCUCUCUUUCACUACCUGAGCAUCUCUCUGUUUCACUACCUGAGCAUCUCUCUGUUUCACUACCUGAGCAUCUCUCUCUUUCACUACCUGAGCAUCUCUCUGUUUCACUACCUGAGCAUCUCUCUCUUUCACUACCUGAGCAUCUCUCUCUUUCACUACCUGAGCAUCUCUCUGUUUCACUACCUGAGCAUCUCUCUCUUUCACUACCUGAGCAUCUCUCUCUUUCACUACCUGAGCAUCUCUCUGUUUCACUACCUGAGCAUCUCUCUGUUUCACUACCUGAGCAUCUCUCUGUUUCACUACCUGAGCAUCUCUCUGUUUCACUACCUGAGCAUCUCUCUGUUUCACUACCUGAGCAUCUCUCUGUUUCACUACCUGAGCAUCUCUCUCUUUCACUACCUGAGCAUCUCUCUGUUUCACUACCUGAGCAUCUCUCUCUUUCACUACCUGAGCAUCUCUCUGUUUCACCACCUGAGCAUCUCUCUGUUUCACCACCUGAGCAUCUCUCUGUUUCACUACCUGAGCAUCUCUCUGUUUCACUACCCGAGCAUCUCUCUGUUUCACUACCUGAGCAUCUCUCUGUUUCACUACCUGAGCAUCUCUCUGUUUCACCACCUGAGCAUCUCUCUGUUUCACUACCUGAGCAUCUCUCUCUUUCACUACGUGAGCAUCUCUCUGUUUCACUACCUGAGCAUCUCUCUGUUUCACUACCUGAGCAUCUCUCUGUUUCACAACCGGAGCAUCUCUCUGUUUCACUACCUGAGCAUCUCUCUCUUUCACUACCUGAGCAUCUCUCUGUCUCACUACCUGAGCAUCUCUCUGUUUCACUACCUGAGCAUAUCUCUCUUUCACUACCUGAGCAUCUCUCUGUUUCACUACCUGAGCAUCUCUCUCUUUCACUACCUGAGCAUCUCUCUGUUUCACUACCUGAGCAUCUCUCUGUUUCACUACCUGAGCAUCUCUCUCUUUCACUACCUGAGCAUCUCUCUCUUUCACUACCUGAGCAUCUCUCUGUUUCACUACCUGAGCAUCUCUCUGUUUCACUACCUGAGCAUAUCUCUGUUUCACAACCGGAGCAUCUCUCUGUUUCACUACCUGAGCAUCUCUCUCUUUCACUACCUGAGCAUCUCUCUGUUUCACUACCUGAGCAUCUCUCUGUUUCACUACCUGAGCAUCUCUCUCUUUCACUACCUGAGCAUCUCUCUCUUUCACUACCUGAGCAUCUCUCUGUUUCACUACCUGAGCAUCUCUCUGUUUCACUACCUGAGCAUCUCUCUGUUUCACUACCUGAGCAUCUCUCUCUUUCACUACCUGAGCAUCUCUCUGUUUCAUUACCUGAGCAUCUCUCUGUUUCACUACCUGAGCAUCUCUCUGUUUCACCACCUGAGCAUCUCUCUGUUUCACCACCUGAGCAUCUCUCUGUUUCACUACCUGAGCAUCUCUCUGUUUCACUACCCGAGCAUCUCUCUGUUUCACUACCUGAGCAUCUCUCUGUUUCACUACCUGAGCAUCUCUCUGUUUCACCACCUGAGCAUCUCUCUGUUUCACUACCUGAGCAUCUCUCUGUUUCACUACGUGAGCAUCUCUCUGUUUCAAUACCUGAGCAUCUCUCUGUUUCACUACCUGAGCAUCUCUCUGUUUCACAACCGGAGCAUCUCUCUGUUUCACUACCUGAGCAUCUCUCUCUUUCACUACCUGAGCAUCUCUCUGUCUCACUACCUGAGCAUCUCUCUGUUUCACUACCUGAGCAUAUCUCUCUUUCACUACCUGAGCAUCUCUCUGUUUCACUACCUGAGCAUCUCUCUCUUUCACUACCUGAGCAUCUCUCUCUUUCACUACCUGAGCAUCUCUCUGUUUCACUACCUGAGCAUCUCUCUCUUUCACUACCUGAGCAUCUCUCUCUUUCACUACCUGAGCAUCUCUCUGUUUCACUACCUGAGCAUCUCUCUGUUUCACUACCUGAGCAUAUCUCUGUUUCACAACCGGAGCAUCUCUCUGUUUCACUACCUGAGCAUCUCUCUCUUUCACUACCUGAGCAUCUCUCUGUUUCACUACCUGAGCAUCUCUCUGUUUCACUACCUGAGCAUCUCUCUCUUUCACUACCUGAGCAUCUCUCUGUUUCACUACCUGAGCAUCUCUCUCUUUCACUACCUGAGCAUCUCUCUCUUUCACUACCUGAGCAUCUCUCUGUUUCACUACCUGAGCAUCUCUCUCUUUCACUACCUGAGCAUCUCUCUCUUUCACUACCUGAGCAUCUCUCUGUUUCACUACCUGAGCAUCUCUCUCUUCUCUCUCUUUCACUACCUGAGCAUCUCUCUCUUUCACUACCUGAGCAUCUCUCUGUUUCACUACCUGAGCAUCUCUCUCUUUCACUACCUGAGCAUCUCUCUCUUUCACUACCUGAGCAUCUCUCUGUUUCACUACCUGAGCAUCUCUCUGUUUCACUACCUGAGCAUAUCUCUGUUUCACAACCGGAGCAUCUCUCUGUUUCACUACCUGAGCAUCUCUCUCUUUCACUACCUGAGCAUCUCUCUGUUUCACUACCUGAGCAUCUCUCUGUUUCACUACCUGAGCAUCUCUCUCUUUCACUACCUGAGCAUCUCUCUGUUUCACUACCUGAGCAUCUCUCUCUUUCACUACCUGAGCAUCUCUCUCUUUCACUACCUGAGCAUCUCUCUGUUUCACUACCUGAGCAUCUCUCUCUUUCACUACCUGAGCAUCUCUCUCUUUCACUACCUGAGCAUCUCUCUGUUUCACUACCUGAGCAUCUCUCUCAUCUCUCUGUUUCACUACCUGAGCAUCUCUCUGUUUCACUACCUGAGCAUCUCUCUCUUUCACUACCUGAGCAUCUCUCCGUUUCACUACCUGAGCAUCUCUCUGUUUCACUACCUGAGCAUCUCUCUGUUUCACUACCUGGGCAUCUCUCUCUUUCACUACCUGAGCAUCUCUCUGUUUCACUACCUGAGCAUCUCUCUGUUUCACUACCUGAGCAUCUCUCUGUUUCACAACUGGAGCAUCUCUCUCUUUCACUACCUGAGCAUCUCUCUCUUUCACUACCUGAGCAUCUCUCUGUUUCACUACCUGAGCAUCUCUCUGUUUCACUACCUGAGCAUCUCUCUCUUUCACUACCUGAGCAUCUCCCUGUUUCACUACCUGAGCAUCUCUCUGUUUCACUACCUGAGCAUCUCUCUGUUUCACUACCUGAGCAUCUCUCUGUUUCACUACCUGAGCAUCUCUCUGUUUCACUACCUGAGCAUCUCUCUGUUUCACUACCUGAGCAUCUCUCUGUUUCACUACCGGAGCAUCUCUCUCUUUCACUACCUGAGCAUCUCUCUCUUUCACUACCUGAGCAUCUCUCUCUUUCACUACCUGAGCAUCUCUCUGUUUCACUACCUGAGCAUCUCUCUCUUUCACUACCUGAGCAUCUCUCUGUUUCACUACCUGAGCAUCUCUCUCUUUCACUACCUGAGCAUCUCUCUCUUUCACUACCUGAGCAUCUCUCUGUUUCACUACCUGAGCAUCUCUCUCUUUCACUACCUGAGCAUCUCUCUCUUUCACUACCUGAGCAUCUCUCUGUUUCACUACCUGAGCAUCUCUCUGUUUCACUACCUGAGCAUCUCUCUGUUUCACUACCUGAGCAUCUCUCUGUUUCACUACCUGAGCAUCUCUCUGUUUCACUACCUGAGCAUCUACCUGAGCAUCUCUCUGUUUCACAACCGGAGCAUCUCUCUGUUUCACUACCUGAGCAUCUCUCUCUUUCACUACCUGAGCAUCUCUCUGUUUCACUACCUGAGCAUCUCUCUGUUUCACUACCUGAGCAUCUCUCUCUUUCACUACCUGAGCAUCUCUCUGUUUCACUACCUGAGCAUCUCUCUGUUUCACUACCUGAGCAUCUCUCUGUUUCACUACCUGAGCAUCUCUCUGUUUCACUACCUGAGCAUCUCUCUCUUUCACUACCUGAGCAUCUCUCUCUUUCACUACAUGAGCAUCUCUCUGUUUCACUACCUGAGCAUCUCUCUGUUUCACUACCUGAGCAUCUCUCUCUUUCACUACCUGAGCAUCUCUCUGUUUCACUACCUGAGCAUCUCUCUGUUUCACUACCUGAGCAUCUCUCUGUUUCACUACCUGAGCAUCUCUCUGUUUCACUACCUGAGCAUCUCUCUCUUUCACUACCUGAGCAUCUCUCUGUUUCACUACCUGAGCAUCUCUCUCUUUCACUACCUGAGCAUCUCUCUGUUUCACUACCUGAGCAUCUCUCUCUUUCACUACCUGAGCAUCUCUCUGUUUCACUACCUGAGCAUCUCUCUGUUUCACUCCCUGAGCAUCUCUCUCUUACACUACCUGAGCAUCUCUCUGUUUCACUACCUGAGCAUCUCUCUGUUUCACUACCUGAGCAUCUCUCUGUUUCACUACCUGAGCAUCUCUCUCUUUCACUACCUGAGCAUCUCUCUGUUUCACUACCUGAGCAUCUCUCUGUUUCACUACCUGAGCAUCUCUCUGUUUCACUACCUGAGCAUCUCUCUGUUUCACUACCUGAGCAUCUCUCUCUUUCACUACCUGAGCAUCUCUCUGUUUCACUUCCUGAGCAUCUCUCUCUUUCACUACCUGAGCAUCUCUCUCUUUCACUACCUGAGCAUCUCUCUCUUUCACAAGCACAUGCUUACCUCAGCGUACGUGAGUCGCUUGGCAAAAACGGGCGGCACUCCGAUCUCGUUCACCUGA